AUGUACCAACCACCCUACGGCUUUCCCAACCAAGGCGGGCCGGCCGCCUUUAACACGCCCCCUCCACAACAGAUGCAGCAGCCAGGCCAGCAGGCGCCACCACAGCAGCAGAUGCCGCCUGGCUCCAUGCCGGGUCAGCAGCCGCAACAGCAGAUGAUGUACGCCCAGCAGUUUGGCAUGCCGGGCGGUCAGUCGCCAUUUAUGCAAGGCGGCGGCAACCCGAAUAUGAUGGGCACGCCGGGACCCGGUGGAAUGAUGCCAAGCCCCGGCAUGCCGCAAAUGGGAGUGAAUGGGCAAAUGGGAUACCAAGCUCCAUUUACCGGCUCGCCGUACGGUGUAGGGAUGCCGGCGAGCGCCGGCCAGCCGCAGAUGCCGCCGAAUUUCAACAUGAUGGCCGUCGCGGGCCAGAUGCCUGGGUUCCCAAUGACGCCUCAGCAACAGCAAGUGUUUAUGCAGCAGCAACAGCAACAGCAACAGCAGCAACAGCAGCAGCAGCAGCAGCAGCAACAACAACGUAUGCAGCCUCCGCAGCAAGGUCCUGGUGGCAUGGGCACACCGCAGCGGCCAUUCAAUCCCAUGCAACAGGGCAGCCCUCUGUCCGGCAUGCCCAUGUCGCAGCAGCAGCAGAUCCAACAGCAGCAGCAGCACCAGAUCCAGAUGCAACAGCAAAUGCAGCAGCAGCACAAGCAGCAACAACAGCAGCAGCAGCAGCAUCAGCAACUUCAGCAUCCUCAUCAGCAUCCUCAACAGCACCCCCAACACCCUCAACAUAUGCAGCCUCCUCAGCACCCUCAACAUGUCCAAAGUCCGCAACAACAACAACCGCCACAACAACCUCCGACACCAUCCCAGCAACACAUGCCGACUCCGUCCCCAAAACAAUUGCAACAUCAGCAGAUGCCGCCGCACCAGUCUCCCCACCCUCAACAGAUGCAUCAACCUCAGCCACCUCACCCACAGCAGCAGCAGCAGCAGCAGCAACAGCCCUUCAACGCGAUGCCGAGCCCCCACGGGCCGCCUAACGCGCAGCACCCGAACGGCCCUCAGCCACCGCUCUCGGCCGGCCUGCCACCCGGCGCAUCCACCCCCCAGACACCGACAUUCCCGGGCUCUGGUGGCCCCGUUGUUAACGGCACUGGCGCCACACAAGGCCCGCCGCUCAGUCCCGGCAGCGAAUCUCGCGAGAAGGAGCUGUUCACUGUGCUGCUGAACAUCAACCAAGAACUUCUCUAUGAGUCGAUCCAGCUCCGGAGCACCCAGGUUGCACUGAAGAAGGAGCACGCUGCGGAGGCCGGUGUUGAGGAACAGCCCAGCGAGACGACAGAGCCCGUGUCCGAGGAGGAAAAGCUUGUGCGGGCGGAUUACAUUCAAUGUAUGAAACGUAUCCAAUCCAACCUGGCGUACCUCGCAAGCUUAGCCGACAGGAAAAUGACGGCCAACGCCGCCAAGGGUCCCAGCUUCCUGAGCGCGCCGAGUCUCAGUCUAACCUUCCGUCUUCGCCCGGCACCGCCACCGCCGCCGCCGGCUGGAGCUGAUCCUGCCGCGCAGCAGACGGACCAGGACCCCAACAGCGACCGCGAGGAGCGGCUCAAGUACAUUCGUGAACUCUAUGGCAAGUUGCAGAGCUUCUAUCCGGGAAUCGACUACACACGGGAGCCCGCUUUUGCCACCCAGCCGAACCAGCCGAACCAGGCUGGUGGUGCUCCCAACAACCGGGCAGGGCCGGGUAGCACGCCAGGACCGCACGGCGUCAACCAGGGCAGCCCGCCGAUGCACCGCACCCCGCAGAUGGGCAUGAUGCAAGGGCCACCCGGUGCGCAGCAAGGCAUACCUAUGGCGUAG